AUGCGUACCACUUUCCUUGCAGCCCUCGCAUGCGCCUCUGCCAUCACCGGAGUGGCCGCUCACCCAGAGCGUCACGACCACUCCAAGCCCCAUGCCCCGGCAAUUCACGCCCGAGGCACAGACAAGUGUGCUCGUCAGAUCGAGCACCGCCGUGAUGCGGCCUUCCUCAAGCGCCGCAAUGCCCUGGGCAAGCGGUCGACCUCCAAUGCAAACCGUUUCAUGUACAAAGAGCUCCAGAACAAGACUUGCACUCUGUCCCCGGACACCAUCUUCGGUCCCUACGAUGUGGACGGUGAACUUCAUCGCCACGAUGUCCGCGAAGGACAAAAUGGUGUGGACCUCUAUCUUGACCUUGGUCUCAUUGACGUUGAGACCUGCGAGCCUCUUUCGGAUGCUUGGUUGACUAUCUGGUCCUGCAAUGCCACUGGCACAUACUCCGGAUACAUUGGAAUCGACCCCGAUACCGUCGAGGCAUACGAUGGCUGGACCACCAGAUCAGACGGCACAACAGACGACUCAACCUUCCUGCGCGGAAUCUCCAAGACCAACGAGGCCGGUAUUGGCGAGUUCCUGACCAUCUUCCCGGGCUACUACUCGUCCCGCACUACCCACAUCCACGUCACCGUGCAGUCCAAGGUGAAGGGAGAUGACACGAGCUACUCCGAUGCCGCGACCCAGCACGUCGGUCAGCUCUUCUUCCCUGAGGAUCUCAUCAACUCUGUCUACCAGUUGGCUCCUUAUCAUGCUCAUCUGGCGACUCUGAACCGCACCCUCAACUCGGAGGAUUCGCUGUACCCGACUGCCAACUCGGAUGGCAACGAUGCUAUUAUCGCCACCGAGCUGCUGGGCCAGACUCUUGCCGAGGGCUUGAUUGGUUACAUUACUAUCGGUGUCAACAGGAGUGCGGAGGCCAUUGCCACUACUGGUGAGCAGGUCAAUGUGCAGGGAGCCAUCCCGACUGUUUCCUUGAGUGCGAGCGCUCAGGCUGCGGCCAACACCAUUGACAUGGCUCAGGGCUACCGACCCAACGGUAUGAGAGUUUAG